AUGAGUGGUUGCCCUCAGUUUGAUGGUGCUCUGACAUGGACGUACGAGGCCUGCUCUUGGGGGACCUCAGCCGAAGGCUAUCGCCGCUUGCAGGAGCUGGCUUACAUCAACCGCACUGGCGCCUCAAUGCUGUCCAUGUUCAGGCUCAUGCUCGCAUACCCGGUGGUCAUCUUUGCUCAUGGUCUUCUGCCGCUGGAGAGAACACAUCGGGCGCGGGUGCUCCUGGAUGCGAGCAGUGUAGUGCUGCCAGUGGCCCUGCAGUUCUCGCUGCCACAUGUGGCUUGGCCGCUGCUCUUUACCUUGGCCCUCCUGGCUGCGCACCACGUGAAGUUGCAAAUGGGGCACAAGGGGCAGAGUAGCUCGGAGAGCUCGGAGAGCUCGGAGAGCUCGGAGAACUCGGAGUCUGAGUCGGAGCGUUUCAUCAUGGAGUACCGGGCCAUGGUCAUGGUUUCCACCUGCGUGGUGAUCCUGGCUGUGGACUUCUCAUCCUUGUUUCCAAGGAUGCACGCGAAGACUGAAGAGUUCGGGUACUCGCUGAUGGACCUGGGUACUGGCAGCAUCAUCUUCGCCUCUGCCGUGACGCGGACCAAGAGCACCAGAGGGCGUGUGCGCAGAAUGCUGAAGCUUUGGCCAGUCCUUGCCAUUGGUCUCUCCCGAGCUGCACUGGUGUGGGGAACUGACUACCACGUGCCGCAGAGCGAAUACGGCGUGCAUUGGAACUUCUUCUUCACCGUGGCGGUGGUUCGCCUUGUCUCCACUGCCUUGGACUUGUGCCCCACAGCAGCAGCUGCAGCUGCUCUCUUCACCCUAGGCACUUACCAGUGCUACCUCAGCUGGCUGGGAGGAGCCGAGUUCCUGCUGCACGCGGAGCGGCUGGACUUGGUCUCUGCCAACCGGGAGGGGAUCCUGAGCAGCGCGGGCUACCUCGGCCUUCACUGGAUCGGUGUUUGGGUCGGCUCUCUGCUGAGGGGCUCUUGGCGCUGCGUUCACCAGCUGCUGCUGCUGGCAGCAUUGGGGGGUUCCGCCAGUCUGCUCCUUCCAGCGUCUCGGCGCAUGUGCAAUCUUUCAUACGUGAUGCUCAUGACGUCCCUGAACUGCUGGGUGCUGGCACUGUUGGCAGGCAUCGACCGCCUGGCAAGGCCAAGGCCCGCCUCCAUCACGCUUCAAGGAGUCCAGGGCUCGAUGCUGGCGGUGUUCCUGUUGGCCAACCUUCUCACUGGGGCGGUGAAUAUGGUGCUGCAGCCGCUGCUGGUGCCUUUUGGGCCAGCCCUGAUGAUCAUGAUGGUUUAUUGCUUGCUUUGGUCGGCGCCGUUCGCCUACCUGCAUGCCCGGAAGCUGAAGUCUUGGUAG